AUGAGCACCUUUAAGUUUAGUAUCCCCCUGCAAAAGGACGAGCUAUUGGAAUGCCAUGCAGGACAAUAUCACGUUGAAGAUGUUGUGCCUCCUAGAUUGCUCUUAUCUAAAUUUCAAGACGCUGCACGAGCUUACAACGCUGAUGGUGCAGACUACAUACUAGACCACUUUGACACAUACUUUUCUGUACUAGUACAUGGGACAAAACUCGAAUGGAACGUCAUAAAUAAAGGCUAUGAUCAUAUUCUAAGAACUGUGAAGAAUCUAUCUAAUACACUAGAACCAAUCCUUCAAGAGUUAGAAAUUGAUAGCGAGGUUCGCAAUAAAAACUUGAAUAUCGUUAAAAUGGUUGUAUACUUAUUUACCCAAAUAAUAAAAACUAAAGAUACCAAGUUGGCAGCAGAUAAUUCCACAAAGCUUACUUUGGGUAAGAAAAGCAAGAAGGCCACAGAUACGGAUGAUAUCUGCUGUUGGACAGAGUCAGACAAGCUUGCAGCUCUUGUGACUUUACAUCAAUUACUACAACAACCACUGUCACGUCUUUGGGAUCCACCAUUGGCUGAACAGGAUUUUGUUUCAAUGAUUGUUGAUCCCUGCUAUGGGGUAUUAGAAGACCAGGCAAUAAAAAACAAGACAGUCCGUGAAACUGUUUUUCAGAUAUUGGGUUCCUUGAUAAAACGGUAUAACCACGGCACUGCCUGUCUGAUUAAAUUGGUCCAGAUAUUGCAAAUGCAUGAACAUGCAGUAUCUCCAAUCUGUGCAGGUGUAGUGCAGUUGACUAAAGAUUUCGGAUUAGGUACAUUUGCCCCACAAAUGGUCCGUGAAAUAGCAGAAGCCUUAGCAUCAUCCGAGGAAGAGAACAGUGCUGGCACUGAACAUGGCGCUGCAAAAAACUGUGGAGCCUUCUUACUGGAACUCACUAAGGAGUUGCCGAAGGAGAUGACUGGUGCUAUGGCCACUAUACAGCCAUAUUUGGAAAGUGAUGAGUCCUACACAUUGAGAAUAUGCAUUCUUGGUAUGAUGAGCGAAAUACUGGUUGUAGAAUUGAACGGCGAAGAUCUAAACAAUGAACAACGAAUACAAAGAGAUGACUUCCUCGAUGAUUUGUACGAGCAUAUGCAUGACCAGUCCGCAUAUGUUAGACAUAAGGUCCUACAAUACUGGAGCAGGCUUCAAAAGGAAACGUGUGUACCUGUGGUACGACAGCAUACUGUGAUGGAAAGGGCCAUUGGUAGGUUAAAGGACAAAGCAGCUCUGGUGAGGAAAGCUGCAAUUCAACUUAUCAAGAUAUUUUUGGAAUGCAACCCAUUCUCCGCGCAACUAAAAUUAGAUAUAUUAAAAGAGCAAUUAGCGACUGAAACGAAGGUUCUGGAGGGUCUUCAAAAGAAAUUAAAUCCCGACCCAGAUCCUGAAUUAGUUGAAAAAUGGAAGUUAAUAGAGAAAGAUGUUGUUAAAACUAUACAGGAAAAAAUGAACACAUUAACUCAAGACGAAGCGGAAUUAUCGCAAUCCACCAUAGACAACUUGAUACAAGCUAUACGCGCUAGCUUAAGAAGCGAAGAUUACUAUAAGGCCUAUUUAAUAGUUAAACACGUGGAAAGGCUGUACCCUGGAGCCAGGUUGCUCAGAUGCAGUAUGCCCAAAAGUGGUCAGCUCGAAUAUUUCGUAGCGCUAUUACGAAAUAUGUUUAUCACCCCCGAGAAACCAUCAGCAACAGCCCAGCAAUGCGAAAACGAAUUAGCGAUUCUGAAACGUCUCGAAGAAAAGGAGGGCGUGGUCGCUUACCUGCAAGAGUCCGUGUACUUCUGCCAAUUGAUAUCUGAAGCUAUCCCGAUAAUAAACUCGUUGCUGUCUUCGAAACAAGCCGGUGAUGUGAACGAGGCGAUAGAUUUCUUCACCGCCGCUUAUCAUUUCAAUAUAGACUCCGCCAAAAUAGGCAUAUCUAAUAUGCUGAUACUUGUGUGGUCGAGGGACCAAGAUAAACGCGAAGCUGUCGAGCGUGCAUAUCGCGAAAUGUAUUUGGAGUGCGAUAACAAAGCGGAACGCGCUCGCGCAUAUACAAUUGCCAAGAACCUCGUCUCGCUCAUGUGGUACAUCGACAGAGGCUCCGCAUUUGCGCUAGAGCAUCUUAUUGAGAAAUGGGUGAAUAGGGGUGAUAUUUCUCCUGCAAUUAUACAAGUAUUUUGGGAGAUGUUCUUGAAAAAAAUCGACGGUACAACCGAUUCGGACAGUUACGCGGCUCUAUCCAUUUUAGUAAUGAUCGGAAACGCUAAGCCGUCUCUAGUGUUGGCUAAUAUGGAGGUAAUUCAAUCUCACGGUCUGACUGGGGAUUGCGAGACCAGAGAUCUGAGCGCGCAACUACUAUUAGCGCUAGCGAGAAAAGAGCAAAGAUAUCCAGAAGAGCAUCCAAUUUUCUUAGCCCUGCACAAUAGCUUAAUGGAAGCGUUUAUGGAGUUCGACGAAUUCGUCUCGUUCGCGGCUCAUUCUGUGGAAUUCAUUUACGCUGUAUGCGACACGCCCGAGACACUUUGUUCCAAGAUUUUAGUGGGAAUGUAUAGGAACAUCGAAAAAAAUAUUUUGGAAAAGGAAGACGAUAUGUGCGAUGUACAAACGGAGCGCUUGUUGCGUUUCGUGUUUGUACUGGGACACAUAGCGCUUCAACAACUCAUAUACCUUGAUAUAUCUGUGUAUAAUGAGCUGAGACGGAGGAAUCAGGUGAGAGAAGAGCGAAAAGCUGAAGAGAAGAAGAAAAAGAAAAAAAUUGGCGCAUUCGCAACGCCGGGCAAGCGCGGCCGAGUGGACGAUCUUCGGCGGCAGACUCUUAUGAACAUAAGCAAUGCGAGUGCUUCUUCACGAGGCCAGCGUUCAGCUAGCGUCACCUCCAAGACACCGACGGCGAACACAACAAUGACGGAGGAGGAAGGCCUAGAGGGCGCUGUAGCUGACGACGCAGACGCAGAGUAUGUGCGUAACGUGUGCGAGCGAGACAUCGUAGGUUCCGGUACUGCCUUGGCCCUGUAUCUCCCCCUUCUUAGGCACAUUCUAACUACACCGCGAUGUGUGGCUGCGCUGCAAGCUGCUGCAUCUGUCACUUUUACUAGAUUGAUGUUAGUGUCAAGUACGGUCUGCGAAGAAGGCUUACAAUUGAUGUUUACGAUCCUCAAGAGAUCGAAGAAUGUAGCUAUAAAAAAUAAUCUUGCGAUAGCCUUUGCUGAUCUAACAUUGAGGUUUCCCAAUCUCACUCAGCCUUGGACGCAACAUAUUUAUCACACCUUAAGCGAUGAAGAUUUGGACGUGCGCCAAUGUGCUGUAAAGGUGCUCUGCUUCCUAGUUUUACACGAGAUGGUGCGAGUCAAAGGUCAGAUAGCUGAUAUGGCCCUGUGUUGUGCAGAUAAUGACCUACGAAUCGCGGCAAUGACCAAACUGUUCUUCAAACAGCUAUCGCUCAAAGGAAACGCCCUGUAUAACGUCAUGCCCGACAUCAUAUCUAGGCUCAGUGAUCCAGAACUUAACGUUCCUGAGGAGACGUAUAGAGUUAUUAUGAAAUACAUCACAUCUCUCAUACAAAAAGAUCGUCAGAUGGAGGCACUGAUAGAAAAACUGUGUCAAAGAUUUAAACUCUCGACGGAAGAACGACAGUGGCGCGACCUGGCGUAUUGUCUAUCUCUGUUUUCAUAUAACGAGAGAUCGCUGCGCAAACUCAUAGAAAACUUGGAUUGCUAUAAGGAUAAACUGCAUUGUUCCGGCGUUAUGGAAUCAUUUUAUACACUAAUGAAUAACACUUCAAAGAUGGCGAAGGCUGAAAUAAAGACACUAGUAACAGAGUUAGGUGAUAAAAUUGAGGAGUGCUUUGCUGUAUGUAAAAAGGAAGGUGAACAGACAAACGAACAAAGGAAUGAUACCGAACGGACUGAAGCGCCUAAAGCCACGCCGCGAAGAAAGGCCGGUUCUAGAAGACAGCGAGUUAGCUCAGAAAGUCCGGACGAGAAUGAACCUCCUAACAUAGAGAAUACACCUCAAACAGUACGGAAGUCAAGAAGAAAGGCCGUACAAAAAAGAAUUACAGACGACUCGGAUGAAGAAGAAGAUGAUGACUUCGAAAAGAAGGAUGAAGAGGUCUUCAAGAAACCAACGACAAGAAAAGGGUCGCGUAGAAGAAUUUAA